AGACAGGUCGCGUCAACAACAUGCGCAAUGCGCAAGCCUCCGAGUCCUGACGUCACGUCACGUGCCCUACUUAGGUCAUCAUGUAUGGCAUACACAGCCGCUCUUCUGCUUCAUCCUGCUUCCUGCGCUUUUGACAGUCCUCGUUUGGUCCGCGUAUAAUUUGAUAGCAUGGCAUGCAAUGUGGAGGAGUGCCGAGCAGACUUUCAAAGCUGUCCACCCGACCAUUACCAUCAUGUUACAUUUGUGCAGCUUGUCUCCCCGUCUGGCUUUGAUGGGGUCAUUAAUCUUCUUCGAGCUGCACUGCUCCUCCAUCCACCCGGUCAUCCUCAUCGAUCCUCCUUUCUUAACAAUCUUGCCGUCUUCCUUGAAAAGAGAUUCGAACAGCGGGGCAUCCUGUCUGACCUUGAUGAGGCCAUUGAGCUUAAUCGAGCUGCACUGCUUCUCCAUCCCCCCGGUCAUUCUCAUCGAUUCUCGUCUCUCAACAAUCUUGCCGACUGCCUUCAAAACAGAUUCGAGCAGCAGGGCGUCCUGUCUGAUCUUGAUGAGGCCAUUAAGCUUCAUCGAGCCGCAUUGCUCCUCCGUCCCCCCAGUCACCCUCUUCGAUCCUCGUCUCUUAAUAAUCUUUCCAAUAACCUUCAAAGAAGAUUUGAGCAGCAGGGCGCCCUGUCUGACCUUGAUGAAGCUAUUGAGCUUAAUCGAGCUGCACUGUUCCUCCGUCCUCCCGGCCAUUCUCAUCGAUCCUCGUCUCUUAACAAUCUUGCCUGCUGCCUUAAAAACAAAUUCCAGCAGCGGGCCAUUGAGCUCCAUCGGGAUGCACUACUCCUUGAGCCCCCCGGUCAUUCUUAUCGAUCCUUAUUCCAGCAGCGGGGCGCCCCGUCUGACCUUGAUGAGGCCGUUGAACUUUAUCGAUCUGCACUGCUCGUCCUCUGUCUUCGAGACAGAUUCCAGCAGCGGGGCGUCCCGUCUGACCUUGAUGAGGCCAUCGAGCUCCAUCGAGCUGCACUCCUCCUCCACCCACCCGGUCAUCGUCACCGAUCAAUGUCUCUCAUUAAUCUUGCGCUAACCCUUCUUGACAGAUUCCAGCAGCAGGGCAUCCUGUCCGACCUGGAUGAAGCAUAUGGGCUGUUUGGGCAACUCUCUUCCCAGUCUCAUGCAGCCUCUCGAAGGGAUCUUACUGCCACAAGGUCAUGGGCCACCUCUGCAGAGGAAACGAAUCAUGGCUUUGCUUCGGUUGCUUAUGAAAAUGCGAUGAAUCUCCUAGAUCAGCAUGUUACUCUUUUGUCGUCUUCUUCACGCAAUUUCGAUGUCGUCAGGAUUGCCACUUCUUCGCUCGCCAUGGAUGCUUUCUCGUGCAGUGUUCGUCACGGUGCACUAAUCACUGCUGUGGAACUGAUGGAACGGGGCCGUGCAGUAUUCUGGGCCCAGUUGGCGCGUUUCCGCUUACCACUCAAUGAACUUUCCCUAUCCGGUGACACCGGCGCAGCCUUGGCGGAAGAGUUCAAGCAGCUGAGCUUUCGCCUUCGAAGCGCGUUCGAUCAGUCUGCUGAAGACCAGUCUCCGAAAAUCCAGCAAUUGACCAUGCAAUGGGAUGAUAUCGUCUCACGCAUCCGCAUGCUGCCUGACUUUUCUCGGUUUCUCCGUCCACCAUUGUUUUAUGACCUCCAGAAAGCGGCUGACGAAGGUCCGGUCAUCAUCGUCAAUGCCAGUCAGUACGGCUGUGACGCAUCGAUUGUCUUAAGCGUCCAAGAUCCUGUCCACGUUCCAAUCAAUAUCACACGGACCGAAGUCACCGAGUUGUCCUCCGAGUUUCAGUCCCUCGCAGAGCAAUUUGGUUGUUCCAAUUAUCAGCACAAGCUUGUGGGCAUCCUUCGAAAGCUUUGGCAUUGCAUUGUUGACCCCGUGGUCCAAGCUCUUAGGGCAUCCAAAUUCACGCUGCUUCCUCUCCAUGCUGCAGGACCGUACGAAAAGAACAGAGACAAUUUGUCUGACAUUUACAUUUCCUCCUACACUCCCACUUUGGCGACACUCGUUUGGGCGAGACAACGAGUUUCUCAAGAUACGUCCACGCAACAUUUUGUUGCCAUUGGUCAAGCGAAGCCAGAGAAAGGGAAGGAACUCAGAUGUGUCUCUCCUGAGUUAGCUGUUGUUGCUCAGCGUCUCGCACCCGUCGUCUCCUUCACAUCGCUUGAUGAUAGUAACGCAACCGUCCAGGGCGUACUCGAUGCACUAAACCACAACCAGUGGCUCCAUCUAGCCUGUCAUGGAAUGCCAAAUCGAGCAAAACCCUUUGAGUCUUCCUUUGUGAUGCGCGAUGGACCGUUGAUGAUUAAGGACAUCAUCCGAUCCAACUGGCAGAACCCGGAGUUUGCAUUCUUAUCGGCUUGCCACACCACUGUGGGCGAUAAGAAGAGUCUCGACGAGUCGAUCCAUCUCGCUGCGGCGAUGCAAUUCUCAGGAUUUCGCAGUGUGAUAGGUUCCAUGUGGUCUGUCGACGACGAGGUCGCGCGGCAGGUUGUGUCUGCUUUUUACCACAAUAUGGUUGAUGGUUCAAGGAGAUUGGAUUGCACACACGCUGCGAUAGCGUUGCACAAGGCUGUGAAGUCGUUACGCAAGAAGAUUUCACUUGAACAGCAGAUCGUGUUUGUUCACAUCGGUGUCUAG